AAGUGCCUGGCAGUCGAAAGACAUUUCAGUUUUAGUGGAGCCACCGGCUGGUCUGGUUCAUUCUCUUUUCGACUGUGCUUGCGAGAAAGCGAUUUUGAUUAUAUUUUUUCUUAACUAUUUCGCUGUGACGUGGACAAUUGUUGGCAAAAUGUCUUUAGUUCGCUUAAUUGGCGCUGAGUGCCGCUUAUUGGCUAAGCGCAGCUAUUCUUCCGCUCCCGCCACCACAAAAAUGUUCAUUGAUGGCAAAUUCGUGGAGUCAAAAACCAAAGAAUGGAUCGAUUUGCACGAUCCCGCCACCGACGAUGUCAUCAGUCGCGUGCCAAAGUGCACACAAGCUGAGAUGCAGGCUGCCUUGGAGUCCAACAAGAAAGCCUUCAAAUCGUGGAGUCAGCAAUCUGUGUUGUCGCGCCAGCAGGUCAUGUUCAAAUUGCAGGCACUAAUCAAGGAGAAUAUGGGCGAAUUGGCCAAGAACAUCACCAAGGAACAGGGCAAGACACUGGCUGAUGCUGAGGGGGAUGUAUUGCGCGGCUUACAGGUGGUUGAGCACUCCUGCAGCAUUCCCUCGCUCGCCAUGGGUGAGACUGUGUCUAAUGUAGCACGCGACAUGGACACCUACUCGCUGGUUUUGCCACUGGGUGUGACCGCCGGCAUCGCGCCAUUCAACUUUCCCGCGAUGAUACCACUUUGGAUGUUCCCUGUCGCCAUCACCUGCGGCAAUACCAUGCUGCUGAAACCUUCGGAGCGUGUACCUGGCUCGACUAUGCUACUGAUGGAGCUGCUCAACGAAGCUGGCUGUCCACCCGGCGUUGUUAAUGUCAUCCAUGGCCAGCACGACGCUGUCAACUUCAUCUGCGAUGCACCUGAAAUCAAGGCGGUGUCCUUUGUAGGCUCCGACGCCGCCGGCAAGUACAUUUACGAACGCGCGGGCAAAAAUGGCAAACGUGUACAGAGUAACAUGGGCGCCAAGAAUCAUGGCGUGAUCAUGGCCGAUGCAAACAAAGAGAACACCUUGAACCAAUUGGCUGGUGCUGCUUUCGGUGCUGCGGGUCAAAGAUGUAUGGCGCUUUCAACUGCCGUCUUCGUUGGCGAAGCACAGAAAUGGAUACCCGAUUUGGUAGAACGUGCCAAAAAGCUGAAAGUGAACGCUGGACAUGUGCCCGGAACUGAUGUUGGGCCGGUAAUAAGCGCGCAAUCGAAAAAACGUAUUAACGACCUCGUUGAAUCUGGUGUAAAGGAGGGCGCUAAGCUUAUAUUGGAUGGACGCAACGUUAAGGUACCUGGUUACGAGGCUGGCUACUUCAUCGGCCCCACUAUUCUCUCCGACGUCAAGCCCGAUAUGCAGUGCUACAAAGAGGAAAUUUUCGGUCCCGUGCUAGUGAUCUUGAAUGCCGACACCCUCGAUGAAGCCAUUCAAACGGUCAAUGCGAAUCCCUACGGCAACGGCACUGCCAUCUUCACCACCAAUGGCGCCACCGCUCGCAAAUUCGUCAACGAGAUCGACGUGGGCCAAGUUGGUGUUAAUGUGCCCAUCCCUGUGCCCCUUCCUAUGUUCUCGUUCACCGGCACACGUGGCUCGUUCCGUGGAGAUCAUCACUUCUACGGCAAAAUGGGCAUCAAGUUCUACACCCAAACUAAGACCGUGACACAGCUAUGGCGCGAAACGGAUGUGACGCACACACAGGCGGCCGUGGCAAUGCCGACUAUGAAGUAGAGGCCUAAAGGCUAUUUAGAUUUUACCAAAUGCUAUGCACAAAGUUAAGUGAUAGUGCCAGGCGUAAGUCUACCAAUUGCAAGUGGCUUAGAGUCGAAGACCGAAACCGAAAUGGGAAGGUACCUUCAUACAUAAGUAUAUAAAUAUAUUUUUAUAUUCGUAGAUUUUCAUAAAAAACCAUAUAAGGAAACGUUGCAUUUAUUUUUGUUUAUUUUGUUAAGGAUGUAAAGAUUUUAAGGACUUGUUUGUUGUACUAAAGGUAAAGAUAUAAAAGCACAUGAUACAUACUCUGAUAUUGAAAUAAAAUAAUAAUAAAUAAUAAAG